AUGCAAGAAUAAGGUAUGUGUUGUGAUGGAACUAGGUUUUUUGUAGGUAAUACACUAAAAGCGCCAUAAAUGAUAUUUCGCAAGACAGUCUCAAUAGAUGUUUCAGAGAGCCCAGAUUAGAAAGAACAAUACUUCAAAGAAUCUAAAUUAACAGUGUCAUUCUCUUCGCCUCCCAACUCAGGAUGCGAGAAUUGUAUCCCUGAUGAGGAAGUAAUAUCAUAUUACAUUCCAGAAGAUAAUUAGUCUUACACUAGCUACAAACAGGUUCGUUUCUCUGAACCAACAGAUAAAACUGCAAAUGUUCCACAAUAAAAAUACAGAAGACAACGUUCCAUCCCAAUACCUGAAAAAGUAUAAGAGGAUUUAAUUGGAGAGAGUUCGUAACUUUCUCCUAAUUUGAAUGGUCAUAUCAACCUCUAAGAUAGGUAAUUAUCAACUAACCAGAACACAAAUACAAUUCAAGAAACGGAAAACCAAUUUAACUUCAAUGCAUUAUCUCUUUAAAAUAGUUUUUGUUGCAAGACUAUUUCCUCUUAUGAAUAAUUAGAUUAAGCGAACCAGAUGGCAGAUGAAUUAGUAAACAUAGUUAAAAAUUAUUUAAAUGACAUACCAUUUAAUGAAAAACACUUUACUUUUGAUGAACAAGAAGAUGAGUUUAGAAAUAAAUUUAAUUUAUAACAAAAAGUCUUAAAAAAAGUAUUAGAGCAUUUAAAUUUCAAAAUGAAUCUUACUUUAUGUUCUCCUAUCUCAAGGAUAUCAGCUACUUCUCCUCACUUUGAAGAUCUGCAUGUUAAUGUAAAAGACUUAUAAAAUAAAAUUGAAGAAAUAACUGAUUAGAAUGAUCUUCUGAAAGAUAAACUUGAGAUAUAGGAAUCUAAAUUAUUAGAGUAAUAUGAUUAAAUCAAAAAAUUGCAUAUAAAAAUACUAGAAUUAGAAUUAGAAAAUAGAAGUAUAAAAGAUGAAUUUGAAAAACAACAAAAGAAUGCUAAGAGUCUGAAUGAAUAAAUAAACUAACAACGAUAACAAUUAGAGGAAUAUGUCAAAACAUUACAAUGUCAACAAUUGAAAAUAUAAUAAUUGGAAUAACUACUAGAAAAAUAUCAAAAGAAUAACAAAUCAACCAAUUAAUCUUUGAAUAUUAAUUUGAAUUAAUUUUCUAAACCAGUUAGAAGACAUACAAAUUCUUUUCAUGAAGUAUGCUCCUCACCAAAUGGUAAUAAGCUAGUGAUUGUUAACAGCAGUACUAAUAGUUCGUAACAAUCUCCCAGAAAUUUAUAAUUAUCAAAUAAUCAUAAAGUCUAGCUCUUAGAUGACACAACAUAUUUUGGAUCCAUAUUAAAUGAUAAGAAACAAGGUUAUGGUAAUCUGAGAAAGGGAGAUAAGAAAUUAUACAUGGGCUUUUGGAAAGAUGACAAUUUCAAUGGGUUUGGUCAUUUGAAUAAUGAAACUGUCGAACACGGAGUGAUAGACCUGACUAAUCUUGAUAAUAUUGGGAAUAAGUGGAUUAGCUAUUAGGGAGAAUUUUAGGACGGAUUAUUUCAUGGAUAUGGAAUUUGGACAUUUAGUGAUAAUUCAAGAUUUCAUGGUUUAUUCCAAUUAGGAAAAGCAAAUGGAAGAGGGUAUAUUUAUAUAAUCUAAUUAGUACUUAUUAUACAAAUCUUAAUACUAUGA